AUGAGUAAACGAAAUAAAAGCUUGGUAGAGAGAAAGAAAUCUAAAAGUAAAUUAAAGACAGCGAUAUCAUAAAGGAAAAAUUCAGAUUCACAAGAUAAUAAUUUCUAUUAGGAAUUCCAAAUAUUCUAUUCUCAAGCUUAGAGCACUACUUUUACUAAAUUUGAAUACAUGAAAGAAUUUUUUAAUUUAGGACUCACAGAAUUUCCAACAGAUGAAGAAAUUAAUUAAAUUUAACUAGAGAUUCUUACUACAAGUGGAUGGAAUUCUAAUCUCAAAAAAAAUUGGACAUUAAAUGAAAAGAAAGUGUUAAUUUGGCUUAUUGGGAAGCUUAGUUAAAUUAGGAAUGAAGACUUGAGGGAUUUAUCUACUGAACUUUUUGAAGAAGUUUCAAAGAUGAUAUGUCGUAGAGAUAAGGAAUAAUGUAAAUAAAAAUGGGCUUAAAUGUAAAAGGUCGCUUUGUAAUAGUAACCUUUUAGACCAGAAGAGGAUUAAAAAUUAUUUGAAAUUAUUAUGAAGUAUUAAUCUGCUGAUUAGGGUUAAAAGUGGAGUCUAAUUUCAUAGGAAUUAAAUCAAAAUUCUUCUGUUUAUCGUUCUAGUAAAUAAUGUAGAGAAAGAUGGUUAAAUCAUCUAAACCCAAAAAUUUCAAAGUAUCAUAUAAUUUGUAUUAAAUUUAGAGAACCUUGGACAGAUGAUGAAGAUAUAAAAUUAUUGUAGACAGUUAAAGAAAUUGGUAGAAGAUGGUCUGAAAUUUCAAAAAUUAUGGAUGGUAGAAGAAGUGAAAAUAAUCUAAAAAAUCGAUUUAAUAGUUUGAUAAAAAGAGAAAAAGAUUUACCUUAUCUGUAAUAUAUAUUGAAUAAUAUAUUUAUAGAUAAACUUAUAAUGGAUCAGCUAAUAACUUGGAUGAUUUAUUAUCAGGUUGUAAUGGACCUGAAAUAACAGAUUUAUAAAAAUAAGUUAUUGAUGCAGUUUUGGCUAAAUUAAAGUGGAGAAGUGCUGAAACUUAAAAUAAAAGCAAUCAUAAAAAAUCUAUAGAAAUUUAAGAAUUACAACAAUAACCAAAACCAGCAUUUAAAUAACGAACUUAAAUUACUGUUUAAUAUACUAUAGGAAAUAUUGAAUAAGAGUAAAAUAUUCAAGAUCUAAUACCUUGUUUAGUAAAUGUAAAUAAAGAUAUUAUUUACUUUUGCACACAUGAAAUUCUAGAAUAAUUUCAAGAAAUUAAUCAAUAAAAAUAACAUUAAUUUAAAGAUCAAUUUGAUAAAAUUAAAAGUGAAUUAUAAAUAUUUGAUUCUGGAUUCCACAAUUUCAAAUCAACUCUAAGUAUGAUAGAAGAAAUUGAAGAAUCUUAAAGAAGUCACUUAAAUUUUUAUACCAAUGAUCUUGAUGGUUUUUUAAAUCUCGAAACACCUGAAACAUUUUCCAAACCUGUUUUUGUUAAUCCAAUAGAAAUUAUUACUCAUUCCGCCAUGAAAUACUUUCACCGAUGGAAGACUGAUAGUUAACUCAAUGAUAGACGUAGAAAUAGUGUAACCAUACCAAGAUCACUCCCGAAUUUGAUAUAAAAUUACACAUGA